AUGGGACUUGAGAUAGUGCCAAUCAAUUCAACUUUUGAAGACUAUCAAACCCUAUAUGAAGAGUGGUUCAAUUAUGUAGAUGCAGAUGGAGAUGGUCGCUUUACAGGAAAAGAAGCCAUCAAGUUUUUGGCCAUGUCAAACUUGUCACGACAAGAAUUAAAACAGGUAUGGGCCAUUGCAGAUUCAAGACGAGAAGGAUAUCUAGGUUUCAAAGAGUUUGUCACUGCUAUGCAGCUUGUUUCUUUAGGACAAUGUGGAUACUCAAUAACACAUGAUCUAUUAACUAGUGAUGCUAUGAAAUAUGUAAAACCACCCACAAUGGAAGGUUUAGAUGCAUUAAUUGCAAAGAAAAAACGCAAACAUAAAGAUAAAGAAUUAAGUGGUAAUGUAUAUCCUCAACCAUCACCUGCAAGUAGUUGGUUUUCUGGAAAGUCGAAAAAAGAGGUAUCUGUGGCUUCAGUGACAUCAGUUAUAGAUGGUUUGAAGAAACUUUAUCUUCAAAAGUUGAAGCCUUUAGAAGUUGCAUACCAAUACAACGAUUUUGUCUCUCCUUUUUUGGCAAAUAGCGACUUUGAUGCCAAACCUAUGAUUCUACUUUUGGGUCAAUAUUCUACUGGAAAAACAACAUUCAUUAAACAUAUGCUUAGAACUACUUAUCCAGGAGCUCAUAUUGGACCAGAGCCAACAACAGAUAGGUUUGUUGUUGUCAUGUCUGGACCUGAUGAAAGAAGCAUUCCUGGGAACACUGUUGCUGUCCAAGCAGACAUGCCAUUUAGUGGUCUUACUACAUUUGGCACAUCAUUUUUGUCCAAAUUUGAGUGUUCUCAAAUGCCUCAUCCUUUAUUGGACUACAUUACAUUUGUCGAUAGCCCUGGAGUUUUGUCGGGAGAAAAACAAAAGACACAAAGACAAUAUGAUUUUACUGGUGUAACAUCGUGGUUUGCUGCUAAAUGUGAUUUAAUACUCCUUUUGUUUGAUCCUCACAAACUUGAUAUUAGCGAUGAGUUCAAACGUGUGAUAUCAUCCCUAAAAGGAAAUGAUGACAAAAUUCGAGUGGUCUUAAACAAGGCAGACCAAGUUGAUCCUCAACAAUUAAUGAGAAUAUACGGUGCAUUGAUGUGGUCACUUGGAAAAGCAUUAAAUGUUCCCGAAGUCAUGCGUGUAUAUAUUGGUUCUUUCAACGAGAGGUCUAUACAAGAUUCCAUCUGUCCACUUGAAGAUGAAAUAUUUCAAAAAGAACAAGAUGAUCUUCUAUCAGAUCUAAAAGAUAUACCAAAGAAAGCUUGUGAUCGUAAAAUCAAUGAAUUUGUAAAACGAGCUAGAUCUGCUGUGAUACAUGCUUACAUUAUGGGUCAUCUUAAGAAGCAAAUGCCUUCUAUGAUAGGAAAAGCUAAAGCUCAACAAAAACUCAUUGAUAAUUUGGAAGAUGAAUUUUUAAAGAUACAAAGGGAGUUUCAUCUACCAGCUGGUGAUUUUCCAGAUGUUGAGCAAUUCAAAGAGACCUUGAACUGUUAUAACAUUGACAAAUUUGAAAAAUUGAAUAAAAAGAUGAUACAGACAGUGGAAGAUAUGCUUGCCUAUGAUGUUCCAAAACUCUUGAGUACAUUCAGAAAUCCAUAUGGUUAA